GAACCUGUGAGGAGGAAGGGAUGGAUAGUAGCAUUCACCUGAGCAGUCUGAUAAAUCGGCACGAUGAUGAAGCCACGAGAACAUCUACCUCGGAGGGACUGGAAGAGGGUGAAGUGGAGGGAGAGACUCUCCUGAUCGUUGAGUCGGAGGAUCAGGCUUCAGUGGACUUAUCUCACGACCAGAGUGGAGAUUCCCUCAACAGCGAUGAAGGAGAUGUGUCGUGGAUGGAGGAGCAGCUGUCCUACUUCUGUGACAAGUGCCAGAAGUGGAUACCGGCCAGUCAGCUGAGGGAACAGCUCAGUUACCUUAAGGGUGAUAAUUUUUUUAGGUUUACUUGUUCCGAUUGCUCAGCAGAUGGCAAGGAGCAGUAUGAGAGGCUGAAGCUGACGUGGCAGCAGGUGGUCAUGUUGGCGAUGUACAACUUAUCUCUGGAAGGAAGUGGGCGUCAAGGCUAUUUCAGGUGGAAAGAAGAUAUCUGCUCUUUUAUUGAGAAGCAUUGGACUUUUUUACUAGGAAAUAGGAAAAAGACCUCAACCUGGUGGAGCACAGUGGCGGGUUGCCUCAGCGUCGGAAGUCCUAUGUACUUCCGUUCGGGCGCUCAGGAAUUCGGAGAACCGGGGUGGUGGAAACUUGUGCAUAACAAGCCUCCAACAAUGAGACCUGAAGGAGAGAAACUGUCUGCCUCUGCUUUGAAAGUUAAAGCAUCGUCCAAACCAACAUUAGAUCCUAUCAUUACUGUUGAGGGACUUAGGAAACGAGCAAGUCGGAAUCCUGUGGAGUCUGCCAUGGAAUUAAAAGAGAAAAGGUCUCGAACUCAGGAAGCAAAAGACAUUAGAAGAGCCCAGAAGGAAGCAGCUGGUUUUCUUGACCGGAGCACAUCUUCUACCCCUGUAAAGUUCAUAAGCCGAGGCCGUAGGCCAGACGUGAUUCUCGAGAAAGGGGAAGUGAUUGACUUUUCAUCCUUGAGCUCCUCCGACCGCACCCCGCUGACAAGCCCAUCCCCUUCUCCAUCCCUGGAUUUCUCGGCCCCUGGGACACCUGCCUCUCACUCUGCCACACCCAGCUUGCUCUCAGAAGCGGAUCUGAUUCCGGACGUGAUGCCGCCACAAGCCUUGUUUCAUGAUGAUGACGAGAUGGAAGGGGAUGGAGUCAUAGACCCAGGGAUGGAGUACGUCCCGCCCCCUGCUGGCUCAGCAGCCUCUGGGACAGGAGUUGGGGGCAGAAAGAAGGUUCGGGCACCCGAACAGAUAAAGCAGGAGGUAGAGAGCGAGGAGGAAAAACCCGACAGGAUAGACAUGGACAGUGAAGACACAGAUUCCAACACAUCUCUGCAAACAAGGGCUCGAGAAAAGCGGAAGCCUCAGUUAGAGAAGGACACGAAACCCAAAGGUCCCAAGUUUACUCCCGUGAGCAUCUAUGAGGAGAAGCUGCUCCUCAAGAGGCUGGAAGCAUGUCCCAAUGCAGUUGCAAUGACCCCAGAAGCUCGGAGGCUGAAGCGGAAAUUGAUCGUCAGACAAGCGAAAAGGGAUCGGGGGUUACCACUGUUUGACUUGGAUCAAGUGGUUAAUGCUGCCCUUCUACUGGUUGAUGGGAUUUAUGGCGCCAAAGAGGGAGGAGUCUCCAGGCUUCCAGCUGGACAAGCCACGUACAGAACAACCUGUCAAGACUUCAGAAUCCUUGACCGCUACCAGACUGCCUUGCCAUCCAGGAAAGGAUUUCGACACCAGACCACAAAGUUUUUGUAUCGUUUGGUAGGAUCAGAAGAUAUGGCUGUGGACCAAAGUAUCGUCAGCCCUUACACUUCUCGGAUCUUGAAGCCUUAUAUCAGGCGUGAUUAUGAAACAAAGCCGCCUAAACUACAGCUCCUGUCGCAGAUCCGCUCCCACCCGCACAGGGGUGACCCUCACUGGACGCCCGAGCCCGACUCGCCUCUCGAUUACUGCUAUGUACGGCCGAACCACAUCCCCACGAUCAACUCCAUGUGUCAGGAGUUCUUCUGGCCUGGUAUUGACUUGUCUGAGUGCCUGCAGUAUCCAGACUUCAGUGUUGUUGUCCUUUAUAAAAAAGUCAUCAUUGCCUUCGGCUUCAUGGUGCCCGAUGUGAAAUAUAACGAAGCGUACAUCUCAUUUCUGUUUGUCCACCCCGAAUGGAGAAGAGCAGGGAUCGCAACUUUCAUGAUCUAUCAUCUGAUUCAGACCUGCAUGGGCAAGGAUGUGACCCUUCACGUCUCAGCAAGCAACCCCGCUAUGCUGCUCUACCAGAAGUUUGGAUUCAAGACUGAAGAAUACGUUUUAGAUUUCUAUGAUAAAUAUUACCCGCUAGAGAGUACAGAGUGUAAACACGCGUUCUUCCUGAGGCUCCGGCGCUGACGUGAACAUAGCUCUGCACAGAGAAGCCACGUGCUCUUAGAGAACAGGUCGUCACGGAGACCCGAGGGCAGGUGUUCAUUUCACGGUGUGGGUUCUAAUCUUCUCUGCGAUUAGACAGUCCUUCAGACCUCGCAGCCGAGGCGAGAAAAGUGGUGGGUGGUGGAAUGAGUAGUGAGCAGCCCGUCAGCAAAGUCACUUCCAGUCCGCCCUGGGGAGGCCUUUAGCCAGCACCUUGGACUCCACAAUUAACUAAACCUGGGUGACGUGCUGUCCUCCUUCCAGCAAGCAUGACAUUGUGUAAGAGUAAAAGAGCAUCUCAAUUGAUGCUCUCAUUUUCUUUGCUCAUGGUGGAGCAUGUGCGCACACAGGUGAGAGAGAGGGAGGGAGGAGCACCCUCUACAGGGUCUGGUCACACCAUAACCUCCUCCCCCAGUCCUCCACCCAGCUGAUCUGGGCACUUUCGCACAUGCCUGACAUGUUUCAGAACAGCCACACCAGGGACUCAAACCAGGUUGUCACGUGGAAUCCAGUUCUCUCGAGCAGCACACGACUGCUGCCUCAUGGAGCCAGCCCUAAGUGGAUAUUCUUGGCUAUAGAGAAUGUGUCCUGAUUUAAAGGAUGAGAAAAUGCGAUAGCUAUUAAAGAUUCUCACAAUGCCCGAGAGGUACCGCCCUGUCCUGGGACAGUAACAGAUUAGGAGAUGAUGACAUAAGGGGAUUCCAGCCUGUCCCUGGCCACUGAUGUGUUUCAUUGAAUCCAGGAGGGCUUUUAAGGCCUGAAGUUCUGUUGUCUCUCUUGUUGACUUUGGUCACAGUCAGUAAAAAUAAACGUUUGUGUCUACACGA